UUCCAAGAUGGCGUCGAUGAAGGACAGCGACACGGGACUGUGGCUUCACAACAAAUUGGGAUCCACGGACGAGCUGUGGACGCCUCCCAGCAUCGCUUCCCUCCUCACCGUGUCGGUGAUAGACAACAUACGGCUGUGCUUCUCCAGCUUAUCGCCGCCGGUGAAGCUGAAGCUGCUGCUCGGGAUGCUGCAUCUCCCCCGGCGGACCGUUGACGAGAUGAAGGAGGCCCUGUCGGAGAUCAUCCAGCUGGCUACGGUGGAUUCAGAGCCGUGGGUGCUGAUGGUUGCCGACAUCCUCAAGUCCUUCCCAGAGACCGGCUCUCUCAAUCUGGACCUGGAGGAGCAGAAUCCAAAUGUGCAGGAUAUUCUUGGAGAGCUCAGGGAGAAAGUGGGCGAGUGCGAGGCCUCUGCCAUGCUUCCUCUGGAGUGCCAGUACCUGAACAAGAGUGCGUUAACCACUCUGGUGGGACCCCUCACACCCCCCGUCAAACAUUUCCAGCUGAAGAGGAAGCCCAAGAGUGCAACCCUCAGAGCAGAGCUGCUGCAGAAAUCCACAGAGACAGCCCAACAGCUAAAAAAGACAGCCGGAGUGCCUUUUCAUGCCAAAGGGAGAGGAUUGGUCAAAAAGAUUGACACUACUACUCCUCUCAAGGGGAUUCCCAAGGCCCCGUUCCGCAGUCCCACUGCCCCCAGUAUAUUCAGCCCCCCCAGUAACCGCACGCCUAUCGCCCCAGCACGGACGCCCCUGCGUAAAGAGAGGGGAGUCAAGCUUUUAGAUAUUUCUGAGCUGGAUAUGGUCGGAGCUGGAAGAGAGGCUAAGAGGAGAAGAAAGACUUUGGAAACGGAGGCUGUCGAGAAAGCAGCCAAAGAAGAAGCGGCAGCAGCAGCGGUGGUGGAAAACACAACACCCGACUACGCCGCCGGCCUCGUCUCUGCACAGAAACUCGGGGCGUUGAACGAGAAUCCUCUGCCGUCGACGAGCUACCUCCCCGCCACACCCAGCAUGGUCCCCUCCUCCUCUUACAUUCCCAGCUCCGAGGCCCAGCCAGCCAACGCCGGUGGUUCUGGACGGGACACGCUGCAGUCGGCUCGCCAACCGGAGGAGUCGGCGACGGCGGGCGCCGGCGCCACCGCCACCUUACCGGGCCAGUACAAACAGAGAACGCCCAUGUACAACGCAGGCAACACGGCCAACCCCGCAACCCCCACGUCCCCCAGCACGCCGGUCUCCACCCCGGCCACCAACGGGCCCCCAGCAGCUGCGACGGCCAGCCAGCCGGAGACCCCCACCCAGCCUCCCAGCACACCUCAGACCCCCACCACGACACCCACCCCUAUGCCGCCACAGGCCCAGCCCAAAAAGAAUCUGUCACUCACGAGAGACCAGAUGUACGCGGCCCAGGAGAUGUUCAAGACGGCCAACAAGGUCACCAGACCAGAGAAGGCCCUGAUCCUGGGCUUCAUGGCUGGAUCCAGAGAGAACCCGUGCCCGGAGCAGGGGGACAUCAUCCAGAUCAAGCUGAGCGAGCACACGGAGGUCCUGCCCAAAGCCGACGGCACCGGCAGCACCACCAUGCUGGUGGACACCGUCUUCGAAAUGAACUACUCCACGGGACAGUGGACCCGCCUCAAGAAAUACAAACCCAUCACCAACACCUCCUGAGGCGCUUCACUUUCUCAAAGAAUGAAUCUCUCACACACACACACACACACACACAAUUUCUUAUCCACUUCAAAGAAACCAUGUUUACACGCUUACAAGUAUUUGCAUUCACAUUUGGGCCAAAUCGAGCACCCGGCGGUCGAGAAGUCGUCAAGGAGAGAACGAUCCUCCCUGUUCCUGCACCGCCAAACUGCAGGAGUCUUUGAAGAAUAGUUCUGUACUUUCUGUUCGGUUGUUUCCCUUUUUUGUUGUUUCAGUUUUUAGGUCACCUCCGGCCCCCGAGUAACGCUGUGGUCAGAGAUUCAUACGAGUCCGAUCAGAGGAGUUACUCUCACGGCAGGCACCUUCUAGCAUUUGUGCGCUCGAGCUACGAGCAUGUCUAAAGAGAAGACGGGCUGUCUGUAGAUUUCUGUAUGAACGUCACAUUCGCAGUAUAUCUUCUACCCUUCAGAACAGGUUUGUGACAUUAACAAAAAGAACAAUAAUGUCAACGUAGAGUUGACCAGAAAAUAAAGAAGAAGAAGAAGAGCUGAGUUAUCAAUGCUGACAAGUUCUGUUUGGAGCCUUCUGGUGGAUGUUUUCAUCCUUUUUUAUUUUAUUUUUUUUUUUUUUCCCAAAGAAGCGAAGAAAAUAAAGUGACAACAGAUUCCAGUGAGAUGUUUCUGUCUUUUAGGGGUUUUAUCUGUAUUUCCUGUUUGUGUGCCUUUUCCCUCCCCUUCACACACACACACACACACACACUCUCACGCUCUCACACUGUUUAGUGACAACUGGUUUAACUUUAGUCUGUAGUUAAACAAUAGCCAGGUCGUAUUUUUCCAUUUCCUCCAAAAACAGAACCGUGUGUCGUCCUGACCUGCUGCAUAGAUAGUUUUGUUACAAGAAUUCAUGAGAGAAAGUAUUCACACCUUUUUUUUAAUGAAAUGAAACAAAGCAGACUCCACUGUUUAACUGCCGUUCUGCAGCGUUCACAUUAAAACACGAGGGUUGUGUCGGCGUGUUGAAACAUUUUCCACCGUCUGUCUACUGUUGUUCCUGCUUAGUUAAACCCUCCACAGCUACACAGGUGUUUCAUUAUUCUGACCACACUUGAUCUCUAGAUUAGUGUCUGUGGAGUCGGGUAAACAUCAGCUCCACUGAGCGGACGUCUAGUUAGAACAACAGGAUCAGUUGACAGUCACUAGCACCAUAUUAAGAUGUGAGAUUGAUGAUAUUCAGUCACAAAAAGCCUUGUUUUGUGUUGAUGUCUACGCUCAAUUUCCACUUAUAUAUAAAAUCUUUUCUUUAAAGCUUGUGCUCAUGAUGCAGUCUUCUCUGAACAGAGUAAAUUAUAAACAGCAAUCUGAUUGUGCCUCUUUGUGUACUACGGCAAGCAGCCAGGCAGGUAACAGAUUACCACAAUCCUCAGUCCCAACUGGCUCCGGUCUGGAGGUUUGGUAAUGGCUGUCGGCAUAUGAGUGUUUGGUGAUGGUGGUUGUUUUUUUAGUUGGCCCCGGGGUCCCUCCAGCCUCCGAACGCCUUCUCCAGGUAGAGAGCCACCUCCAGGGUCAGGCGGUCCUGCAGCUUCCCGGCACCGACCUGCACCCCCAGGGGCAGACCCUCCUCGCCCAGACCCAGAGGGCACUGGGUGACCGGCAGCCCGAGG